UCCCGCCUCAAUCUGGGGCUGCAUCGCUGCCCUCGCCUUGGCAUCAGAGAUCCGCUCCGCUCUUUUGUUGCAUGUCGUCAAAAACUAUCAACGCCAACCAUAUCGAUCGAUACAUCAACACAACUUCAAACCAUGUCUGACGCACCGAGACCGAAGGCCACUGUCUUUGUCGGAGGCUUGACCUCUGCCGUCGACAGCCACACUCUACACAACGCCUUCAUCCCAUUUGGUCCAAUCGUCAAUAUUUCACUACCCAAGCCAGAAUUACCAUCAAAUCCUGAACCGCAUCGUGGUUUUGGUUAUGUCGAAUUCGAGAGUCCUCAGGAUGCCCAGGAGUCAAUCGACAACAUGGACCAAAGCGAACUUUUCGGUCGUGUCAUCAAGGUCAACCUAGCCAAGGAACAAAAAGCCGAAGGAGAAGGCCUUGGAAGCAAGACUGCAAUUUGGGAGCAGGAGGGAUAUCUUGCAAAGCACGCAGUCAGUGAUGAGGAUCGAAUGGCAGCACAAGGUGAUGAUGACGGCCAAAAUGGGCCCAUGGACCCAAUGCAGGGGCUUGAAGGUCUCGACGUUGCUGGUCCUCAGCAGGCUUGAAGAUCUUUUGAUUUGUGUUAAUCAUAGCGAGGCGUUUGGCGUAUGCGAAAAUUAUUCGCAGCAUCACAGGAAAGGGAAAAGGUCACGGCAUGCUUGAUGCAGUUGUUCAUUUUUGGAGAACCAUGCUAUCCUCGUUUCACCAAUGUCUUUAUCAGGCUUGACCUAUAAUCAACUUUGCAGAUAACGAUCUAUAUUUGGAGCUGAGAGUUCCUCGCUACUGAUGAGUGAUUGUCUGUAGUGCUCUGGCCUGU